CUCUUCCCCUUCACUCUCUCUCUCUCAGAUGUGGGUGGGGAUAGUGUCAGUGGUACCCUGUCCUCUCUGUCGGGCCACAACCCUGGAGACGACUUUGACAUGUUUGCUCAGACCAGAACCAGCUCUCUGGCAGAUCAACGCAAAAAUGUGAAGUACGAGGACCCUCGAGCCCUGGGUGGGCUUGCCUCAGCUCUGGACGUCAGACAACAGAACGCCACUGGAGGGCUGAGGGUCAUAGGGGAUGAUAACCCAGAGUUGGAGCUGCCCAUAGACAGCUGGCUUAUUACCCAAGGAAUGAUCCCCGUAUCGCAGUCCUCUGUCAUGGAUGACAUAGAGGAGUGGCUCUGUGCUGAUGUGAAAGGCGAUGGUUUAGAUGGUGAGGAAGGGGUGACGAGUGAAGAGUUUGAUAAGUUUCUGGAGGAUCGAGCGAAGGUGGUCGAUUCCUUACCAUCGCUCCCUGGUGAUGAGCCUGGUCCCCCUCUCAGCGCCCCCAGCGGCACCCGCAAGAAGGCUGAACGGACGGAGGAUGCCCUCUUUGCCUUGUAGACUCUCCCCCAGGAAACCUCUCUCUCUGAGGCAUCUACAGUACCUAGGUAUCCCCCCUCCGACCCACUUGCCCAAUCCGCCACCCCUGCCAAGCAGCAGUGUAGCUACUGAACUGAACACCAAUCCUCCUCCUGCAGAGGACCAUGCUUGCUGUCCGCCUCCCCAGCCGCGUUGCAUCAUGUAUUACUAUUGAGGUUUCGAUCCGUCUGUCAGUGUGGGACAUGUCUGCCGUCUUGUAUCUCAUCUGCAGCUAGCUACCCUAAGGAGGAUAUAACCUAACAUUGUGAGGAGGAGGAUAAAAUGACAAAACCUCGUCUCUAUGUUCCUCUGAAGGUGUGAAGCUUAACAGAAAAAAUCCUUGUGAAAAAGCAGACCGAGGAUAUAGUCUAUACAAACAGAGGAGUACUGUGUUAUUUUAAUAUAUGUAGCUUAUGAAUCGUUUAUGAAUGUAUUAUUUUAACGGUUUGUACUGUACUAUGUACUAGCGCUGCACUAUGUAGGUGCCUCUUUUUCCUUUUUUUACUCAUGUUCCUUUUUAGGUUUCCUUAACCCUUUCAUUACCCAUUCUACAGUUGUGAAAUGUUGGUACAGGGAAAGGCAAUGCAUGAGGAAAGACUACUGUUUGACAGACUCCAUGCUAGUAUUACUCAAUUAUGGCACAAUAGUUCUGCAGGGCCAAAUGGCAAACAUUACUUACCUGUAUCUGUCUGUUUACACAUUUCAAAAGGGAGAAGGAAAGAAUAUAUAUAGCUGUAAGCAGCCAUGUCAAGGUUCAAGCCCUAUGGCACCACAGCAAAUAUCUGUCACACAGCUUUUAUAUUUGCUUUCCUCUUUGAAAAGCUGUUGUCAACUUCCCUCCAUGUUAUAUUGUGUGGUGUACAUACUGUAGGGGAAGGAAAGGGUCCAAAAUAGUAUUUUCAAUCAGAACAUAAGUAACACCCACCAAAUAUUUGUGAUCGAUAGUAUACAGGGGGUACCGGUACAAUACAUUGACUCAUUACCGCUACCACUGUAUAUAGCCUCGUUAUUGUUAUUUUAUUGUUGCUCUUUUAUUUUUUACUUUAGUUAAUUUAGUAAAUAUAAUAACUCUUAUUUUUCCUAAAACUGCAUUGUUGGUUAAGGGCUUGUAAGUAAGCGUUUCAUAGUAAGGUCUACCUAUACCUGUUGUAUUCGGCGCAUGUGACAAAUGGAAUGUGAUUAAUACUACCACUACAACGGUAAAACAGCCGUAUGAGUUGCAGCAGUGACGGUCCACUCUGGUACUACCUGUACACUAUGUAAGUGAAGCGAUUUUGAGUUUGUUCUUCCAAAGAGGUUUUAAUGACAAACUAAUUUAGUAAUUGUUUAUCAGAGGAGGUUGGUGGCACCUUAAUUGGGAAGGGCGGGAACGUGGUAAUGGCUGGAGCAGAAUCAGUGGAAAGGUAUCAACAACAUCAAACACAUGGUUUCCAUGUGUUUUAUGACAUUCCAUUCACUUCUUUCCAGACGUUAUUAUAAGCCGUCCUCCCUUCAGCAGCCUCCACUGGUAUCUUCUAAUAUUGGGCUAUUCUUCAAUGUUUUCCUUCCCCUUCUACUAUGAUGAGACCAAUUUAAUGAGCUUUAUGCACUUUUGGACCCUUGAACGUUUCAGUAUGUUUAUCCUUGUGUUAAUAAGAUGGGAACUGUUUUUAUAGGACACAAGACAUUUUCUUAGACUAAUUGCAUAUGAUUUUAUAUCUUUAUGAAAUUUCAGCCCUUUUCUGCUCUACAAAGCACACUUUACAGUCGUAAAUAGAAAAACUGACACUCCUGAUAUGGAAAUUAAAGGAAAAGUGCAGAUGAAAUAUAUGGCACUGAAAAUCGAAUCAAAUUGUCAUUUUAUGAUGGCGUAUUGGUAGCAUACUUCACAGAAAAUAGUUAUUGCAAACGCUUAUACAUGUAGUUAUUGUAAAAAGAAUUGUACGUAUGUUUACAUAAAUAUAUGUAUAUACAUCAGAAAUAUGUGAGUAUUACCUGCAGUACAUGUUUUAAAGUCAAACUGAAUUAUUAGCUUUUGUGUAGGUCGCUAAGUCGUAAGGCUAACUCCUUAAUGUAUUGUUUGGUCUCCUGGUUGUAUAUGUACAGUAAUGUCAUGCAGGAAAAUUAAUUCCUCCCAAAUCCUUUCUACUUUGGGGAAGCUCCCCUGCUCUCCUCUCUUUACUCAUACAUGUGUGGAACAGAAAUAGGUUUGGAUGUGCUUCGGAAGGAUGGCCAAAAAUGUUAUUUUUUACUGUGGUCUGAAUUGUUUGGUAAAGCUUCCUGUCUUUUAUUUUUGAGGAUUACAGUGGGUGGUAGCUGUGGGCUGUCACUCUGCUAGUGGGACUGCCCCUUUUAACCUGUUAACAUUCUAUUGUACUUUGCUUAUCUACAAUAGGUAAUGGAGUUAGAUGAGGCCAUAACAUUCUCUUCCUGUUGUCAGGAAAACAUGGGCUGUAGACCUUUGAGGCAAAAGAGGUUUGUUCUUCAUUUCAACUCUUAUGCCAGUACUUUUCAAAGUUCAUGCUUAUAAAGCUUCUACAAUUAACACCAAAUUAAUAACGACAAAACGCCAUGACGUUUCACUUCAAUAGGAACUAUGUGUUUACUUGCAAGUAUCCUUAUAUACUUAGCAAAAUUACAUGUAUUAUACUGUAAAUGAGAUACUCAUUUAAAUAAAAUGUAAUAUUUGUAAGAAAAGACCUUACUGUAUUUUAUUGAAAAAACAUCUGCUUCCAGAUAAAACAUUAUUUGUAACAAUCAUUUAUAAAUGUUGGAGGGUGAUAUUAGAAAGAAGUACAUUAUUUGUAUGAUUUGUCUUGGGCAUUAAUGUUUGAAUGUGUUUUAGAAUACUGUAACAGAAUAAACUGUUAUUAAUGAGCUUUAA